AAGGAGCUAGCCAAUUUAAUUCUGAAAUUUCCCAUUAGAAGCUAUACUUCAUCCAUUCCAUGUCAGUAACGACGUUUCUUUAUUUCUUAGCCGUGGCUGGGCAAGAAAACGAGCGCAAGAAUAUCAAAAUGUUAUUCGUUCCAGCAGACGUUAUGAAAGCACUGCGUAAAAACCUCACCACGAAAGACUUACCCCCAGGCCUACCAGGACAGGGUACUCAGCGCUGGACCCCAGUCCGCCUACCAGGCGAUAAGACUCACACGUUUGAAAUCCGCAUCAACCCUCGUACAGCGCACAAGCUUAACAUGAACUUUCAGCAUUUCAGAGUUGGUCGUGGCCACGGGCUACUUUUGGAGUUGAAAAACGUGUCCCUCUCGACCAAGGGAAAGACUGUUCUGGACAGGCUGGUAGAGUUUUAUAAAAACUGCGGCAGUGGCCGAAGCCAUCGUAUAGGCAUGCGCCCAGGCAUGCAUAUGCUGCACAGAUUAGGACACUUCCACUCCACCAUGCACCAUUCACUUUUGCUACCUGGCGACGUUCCGUUACUGAAGCGUAUACAAACCGCGCUGGAGCGUUUUUUCCCUAAGCGUCAUGACGGAUCAGUGGACGUAUUCCAGCACAAAGAUUCGAGCGGUGCAGUUCAUUUUCUACCGUUUGAAGAAGUCAGAAGAGAAGUGAAUAAUCUUAUAAAACGAACGUUAGUUAAGAGGGAUUGUGUUAAGAUCAGUACCAACGCAUUGACUCGAGCACUCGAUGCAUUCAGACGGCAGCUCAAUAACGACACAACAGCGUCAAGUACUCAAAACGAAAGCUUCAACGUUAGUGAUGAGCCUGACCGUGAAAAUAGCGACAGCAAUGGUGAGGAGGGCGACGAUGAAGGCGAACAGAAAGACCAAGUCCUUUCAUUUUCAAGGAAUCUUGAUUCGUUUAACCCGCACCCGGUCAACAAAGUGAAUCUGACUUCAUCUUCGGCCAUGAACGUGCCAAGCGAUGCUGCUGCUACUAAAAUAGUUUCUGCGCUCGCCGACUUGAGGAAAGAAAUCAAUGAUCUAUCAAGCGGUUUUAGACAGAUUCCUAAAGAUAGUGACAGUACGGGCAUCAGUGUGGGCACCGAUGAUAGUGCAACCGGUUCUAAUGCCAACAUUGUUAAGAUAAGCAGCGAUAACAACGAAGCCAAAGACGGGAAAAAUGAAAACCACCAAAGCUUCGAUAUAAGUGUAGUAAAGAACAGGAGAAAAAAGAUGAGUAAUGAUGACAGUGAUGACGUAGGCAAGAAAAACGACGGCAAUGGUGGCAACGAUGACAGCAACAACAAUAACAAAAACAACAACAAGAGCAAUAGUAGCAACAAUGACAACAACAACAAAAGCAACAACAAUAGCAAUAACAAAAACAACAGCAGCAAUAGUGACAUCAGCAAUAACAAGGGGAUGAUGCUAGCCUUGAAACUGAAGAACAUUGAAGAGGAUUUGAAAACCCAACUUGUGAAUGAUUUUUUGAAGCAAACAAAAAACUUUUCGAAAAUUACUAGCGAUUCCGAGCCAAACAGCCUUUCAGGUGGAAAUCUCGAAGACAACAGCAAUGUAAAGAUUACCGAUGUGAAGCCUGUCCAUCCAGUUUUCAAUCAAGUUGUCGAUCAUGUACAGCGAGUCAAAGCUGUAAAAGAAAUGAAAGUCAACAAGAACUUAUUCGAGCACGUGAACCAUUCAAGGGGAACGAAAAAGGGAAACAAACAAGCUCGAUUCAAAGGCAGAAAAGAAAGGGCGCGAAAUAAAACUAAACAUGUACCACGUCUUAAGGACAAGAAAAAUAAGAAACGUCCCUCAGUUGUGUUUGACUACAAACCAAAAUCACUAAGAUUAAAGUUUAAGUACAAAGGUGGAAGACACGUAAAGGCUGACGACGAAGAUGACGAGGAAGGCUAUCUGAAACACAGAGGUAAAGGAAGACUAAUUCGAUUUAUUCACAUGCGAAUACGGCAUCCAAAAAUCAAGGAAGUGCUACUACCAGACGAAGAGGAAGACUCUGAAGGCUACAGGGAAAGAAAAUUUGACGACUCUCCAGUAGAAGCUAGCGAGGACGAUGACAGUAUGAAAGUGCGGUUGCUAAGGAAGUUACGUUGGCUCCGAAUCCACGGUCAUGGGGCCAAAAUACGCAGGCGCAAGAGUCCGAAACUUCGUGUGGUUGUAUAUGACGACGAUGAAGAGGAAAAACAACCGCAUCGAGACAACUGGCGCAACAGCGAGUCCGAUGAGUUGACGGAGAAAGUCGAGAAAAUUCACGAAGAUGACAACGAAGCUGAUUCCGAAUCAGAGGCGGAAUCGGAAUCGGACUCGGAGCCCGAACCGGAACCUUCGUCGCAUCGCUCGGAUCCCGUUUUUAUGGACGACGAGAACACUCAGCAGUACAAUCAAGGCGGGACGAGUAAUUCAAGCUCGGAUAGUGACUCUGACUCGGAUAUGCAAUAUCUGUCAGAUAGUAUCGGGGAUGACAGCACCCAUUUUGGACGAGGCGAUAGUGGUACUGAUGUGCCCGACUUAGAACCUUAUUUAAAGAAACACUACGAAAAUGAAGAAGAUGAAGAAAACGAAGAAAUCAAAAUGUACAAUGAUCAAGAUGGAAUCGACGCGCGGAAGCUGGGCGACUCAAUGGAAAAACGCAAGACGUCAAAGGAGGACGACGCAACUCUGAACGAGAAAACAAACAAAGUAGAGGACAACGAUGGAGAACAACCUGGAAAAAUACACAUUCACAAAAUACCUUUUAAAAUCCAAGAGGAUUCUUACGGAGUGGAUACUAGCCUGUUAAAAGAACCACCACAUGAUUCACUUGGACUGCAACAAGUGUUGUCGCACGAUUCCGAUAUGUCAUCAAUGGCUUCUCCGGAAAUCUCAUCCAUGCCAGCCACCGAGAUGUCUUCAUUGGCACCUUCCCAAAUGACGUCCAUGGCCCCUCAACCGGUUGCCAUGGCGUCAAGCUCUCCUCCACCCAGUCAGAACGCCAUGGAUAUGUCACCAAAUAUGGUCAUGCCGCCCGAGCAGUCGACGAUGGUUCCCGCGGCGGCAGAGCUGCCUCAAGUGAACGGUGGUGUCCAGGCUGCGAGACCCAAUGUUGCCGCGUUCAAUUAUCAGCCCAGUGUGACUACACAAGUGAACAGUAUGAUGCCGCAGACGCCGUUCCCGCAGGUCAGCAGUAUGAUGCCCAUGCAAAUGCAAGCAGGAGGGCCUGAAGUUUCUCCCAUGACUCCCGUUAUGCAACCGGGGCAGAUGCGAGCAGUAAUUUCUCGCGGUGAAAAAAAGGCGCCAAAGAAGUCUCGAUCAAAGAAACGCGCGCAGCAUGUCCGUGUCUUGGGUGUAGGGCAUAAACGUGUUAAACUCAAAAAUAAAUCUCGCCAAAGAUCCAGAUCAAGCACAGUUUAAUGAUUGUUGAGUCAUAUACCAGUCCUGUUUUCUCAAAUAAGAAAGACUGCAACGUCGACCAGCCAAAAACAGCUCAAACCUCAUGUACGAAGCUAGUGUUCCUCAUCCGGGGUUUGGGGCGGGGUUUGGGCUGUGCGCGGGAGAAAACUGACAUGUCAUAAAUGUUGAUAUGGCGAACAAGCUUCGUGAAUUUCCCUGUGGUCAUCGGAUGUUAGGCUUUCGUGUUAGGCAAAUAAUUAAAGAGAUGUUUCUUUAUUUGAGCUGUCUAAUUAGUUAUAAAUAAUAAAAAAAGGUAUCUGACCAAUCAAAGCAGGAUUGCUUUCUUUUCCCCGGAGAUUUUGUUUAACAGGAACAAAAGCAAAAGUUAUGAUCUGGCGUUACACUUGUUUUCUUACCCUUGGCACCACUGACAUAUUAUUUUUUCUUGGAUUAUUCUGACUGGUUCAAUGCGCCAUGCAAGGUCAUUACUUUUGGUUUUAUUUUGUGACAGCGAUUAAAAAGACAAUCUGUAACUAACCAAAAAUUUUCUGUGUAUUUAGCUGGAGAGGUAAAAUGUGUGUAAAAUCGCUUAAAUUAAAAAGAGCAACCCUAUCUGUCCAAUAUUUAUUUCAAUAAUCUUUACGUUCAUAGAUAUCGAUCUUCAGGUAAAAAGAUAAAUUUAUCAGUUUAUUUUCAGUGUCUGGAUUUACUUAGAUACUAUACAGGGUUUUAUGCAGUCGCUGGUUUAAGACUUGGGAAUUCCACAUGAUGAUAUUUUCUCUUUCUAUUUUUCCAUUGUAUGGUCUUGUAUGGGACAAAUGAUUGGAAUUGCGCAUUAUCAACCUAAUUCGGAUAAAGUAGAUAUGCAACAAAAUAAAUAUUCGUAAACUGUUUGGGCAAUAAGGUACUUUUUCCGCUAAUCUAAGCUUUAAGCUAAGGGUUAACUGUAUUCAUAGAUCUGAGUUGUAUCUUGUAUCAAGAAUCGAACACGCCGGUCAGUAAUAAGCUAAGGUCGGUCGCUAUUUGACAAACUCAAAAUUGUGGUAGUCAGGGACAUUCUUGCACAGACACUAAGACGGUCCAAGUCAUUAAGAGAGUUGAAUAUUAAAUACCCUCGAGGUGAUUUUGACCAUAACCCUAAGUGGGUAUAGGGCCAGAUACCCUCGAGGUGGCAUGUACUAAAUAUAAGGAAUAUCAGCAGAUAUAGAGAGAAAGUAAUUGCACAAAAAGUAGUCAUUCACUGAAGUUAUAUACAUUGUUUUCUGGAUUGCAAAUCCAAUACUUUCAAAUUCUUUGUUACAUAUAAUUUAUCCAAGCUUAUUGUCAGUUAGUUAUGUAUCAGCAUUGCAAUGAUUUGGCAAGAAAUUGACAAACAGAGGAAAAUAACACGAUAAACAUAAUAUUUCGAAACGUUCAAUAGUUUCACGUUAAUAAAUCGGGAAUCUCUAGCUAUGGUUAGGUGUAAUACAUAGUUAUUCUUUAACUGAGGUAAAUCAUGUAAAGAAUUUCUUCACUUCUUCAAUAAAUAAUAAUUAAAAAGGCAAGUAUAGUUCUUGUCCAUGUAUCCUAGUAUGGUUAAAUGUUCUUGAGUUUUAACCCGGGCUUGACCAGACUAUGCACUACAAAGGGGUACUGUAAAAGCCCUUUUUAAAGGCCCCUUCCUGAUAAUAAGCUCCCUUUUAGAAUCCCCAACAUUAUGGGCGAUGACACCCCUAGCUGAAAGGAACCUUUGCAAGUCAUGUUUAUAAUUUAGAGCUUUGAUGAAAAGUCUUUCCUCAUUGUCCGUUUUCAGUCACGACAAGCUUGUCACGCAAGGAAAAAUUGCGUGAGGUAUUGAAGGAAUUUCAGCGUGGGCGGGCUUCUGUGUAAAUCUAGAGGACUAGAGUUUUCUGUAGUUCACAAGAGUAACGCACGGUGAUCUGAAAGACGCACCCGAAAUGUGUGAAAAAUUACAGGUGCUAAGCCUUUCAUUGUUGAACUUCGCAAAAGCAAAAGCAAAACACAUAGGAAUGAAGAGCAGAAAGGCCGAAUAAUUCAACAAAUUGGGUUUUUCUUUCCCACCUAAGAAAAACAUGCAGGAAAACACACGUAUUUGAAACUCAGAGACCCUGCGUUACCCGGGGUAAUAUCUUAAUUCCUGGUAAAUAUUUUCUGUGUACCGUUAGACGUCAAUUAGCCAAUGAGCAUUCGGAAGUAAUCCUAAUGUGUUAAGUCGUGCCAAAUAUUUGUCAUUUUUUUGCCGAAGCUAAAUAUCUUACUAGCCCCCACUCGGUGGAGUUUCUUGUAAUCCGCCGUAAUGACUUCUAAAUCCCUUUCAGACAAUAUACUAGUAUUUUUAAUUUUCUAAAGACGACAUUUUGCUCCCCGAUCAGCACUCUUCUCUUUUGGACAGCUUAAUUUAGACAAUUAUAUGGUCUUUUUUUUGGCCUAAAUGUGGACUUCACACGGGGUAGCGUGAGGCAUUUGUAAAAUUCCUUGUUAUUUAUGCAGAUUGUGAGCGGCUCCGCGCUCAAAUAAUUUUGAGCUAUUAUCACUGCCAAAGUUAAUUAUAGCACUCGCUCUUCAUGACGCGGUUUCAAGGAGAAAGAAGACAAAGAGUAUAUGACAGCUGACUCGUGAAUGUGGAUUUCCAAAACUCCUUUGUAGUUGCCCGCCCAAGCUUGGAGAAAAUUUCGAGCGAAACCAACCCGCGUUAUAAUUUGUGCGGGUAGUGCAACGCCUGAACUUAAACUGGCUAGCUAGUCACGCUGUAUUGGAUUCAAACACAUUUUACAGACUUAAUCUAAAUCCAGCCAAUGAUGAAAAGUCCUUGAGGAUAAAGUACUGACAUUUGCUCACCCCCGGGGCAAUUUGAUCUUUACCUUUCAAUUCUCGCUGCGUUUGGAGUAUAAACAAGGGCCAAAAUGGCCUCGCAGAAAGCGAGAGAAGAGCUCGCUCGACAAUCAGGCUUCGAGGAUUUGUCGUUCGCUACAAGAAGUUAUCGCCCAGAGUACGCUUCUUCUCCAGACUUACGUGGCUCAUACAGGCCCGGACGAGUAAUUCGAACUUCUGAAAUAGAACCCACGUUACGAGCCAAGCUUGCUUUCACUUCAGGGGGCCAUGACCGAAAAGGUCGAAGCAUUUUGACUAUUCCAGCCGGAAAAACCGAAGAUUUGAGCGUAGAUCGACUGGGAGAUACGCUUUCGUACCUAACUCAAUCACCAAGGUAUAUAAAAUUAUUUCUACUUCAAAUGUUCUUCGAUCGAUUCUUGUAAACUUUUAUCGAUUUUGUACAAGAAAUGUGAGCGGGUGUGAGACAGCUUUCUCGUCCAUGUACGUGACAUUUUCUUUGCUUCGUUCAGAGAGUUCCGCAAACAAAACUACAGGAUUGAACCAACAAUUAGGUUAGGAUCCCUUUUCUGGCUAAACAAUGCAUGCAGACACGCAAGGUUAAUUUACAAAUUGCAUAAUUCCCAACAGAUUCGCGUUUGGGACAAUUUAGUAAUUAUGAAACACAAUCUUAGUGUAAGUAAUUUUCUAUUCGUGGCGCAAAUGCGCAGGAAUUCUUUUACGUUGAAGUGCCCAGAUUAUAGUUGACAUCCUUUGUUUAUGUUGGGUCAGACUUAGUGAUGGAGAAAAUAAGAAUAUUAUUGCCAAAACAAACCGAGCCAGUGAAAUAACAAGUUUUGUUCCUCUUGAAUUAAUGUCAAAUGUAUAUUUCCUUAUACCCCAUGAUAUAUCAGUUACGUAUGGACCUUGUUAUUGACCUCAGUGAUGUCUGAAACCCGUUUUUAUGCGAGUUUAUAACAAUAAUGAGCACUGGUGUUUGCCCAGAGUCUGGUUACACCAAUCAAUAAUUAUUUAAAUUUUCUUCAAGUUAAGUGGGUCCAUGCCAUGAAUUUUAUAAAAUCUGCAGUUUAUAUUAAAUUUGAAUGAAAAGACAAUUACUUUAAUUACCCUCUGGGAAACUGUUGAAUCCAGACAAUAUACAGACAUAACAUUAUAAAGUUUCAUUUUUUGAUAACAUUUGCUUGUUGAUUUAAUAAAUUGUUAUGAUUCCUAUGCCUUGGAAAGGCACAUGAGGCAUGGUGGACUAUUAAGGGGGCAUGCACUACUAGUAAUAUUUUGAACAGAUCAACAACUCGGACAAGCUUGUGUAAAAUUGGCCACCCUAGGAAUGGGCUAUUAGGGCCAAACUUCACAUUCCUUUUCUCAAUUUCCUACACCUGCCAAGAUCUGUCAAUGGGAAAAUGAUUGUGCUGUCAAAAUGGAAUUGCAAAUUUUGGUCUGCCUGGAGAUACGGAGAGAGAUAUAAUUAGAUUCCUGACCAAAAUUAUUUGAAAAUAAAUGGAGGGCAUGUAUCUCGAUGGUUGAGAUUUCCUACCCAGGUUCUUGGGUCAUAUGGUUUUGAUCAGAAGUCUCUCUCCAUCUUGGAGUAUUUUACAUAGAUACGGAUGUAUCAUUAUCGUCAAAUUGAUAGUGUUAAUGAGACAAUGCAAAUUGGCUGGAUGGGGUUAUGUAUAAUUAUUAGCCUGCUAAUGGCCAAAUUUCAGUACCGUGGAAUUCCAAAAUUAAUGCCCCCUUGAAAAUAACAGCGCCCCGAAAGUAAUGUUAAUUUUUUAACUUCCUAUUGAACCCCGAAAAUAACGGUCCCCUUGAAAGUAAUGGCCCAUCUGAAAGAAGCGGCCCUUUGAAGAAGUCACUAAAAGAGAAACUCUCUGUUUUCAAGUGCAAUGAGGAUGGAACAGCCUGACUGCAGAACUGAACAACUUGAAGAGUUAUUUCUGAUUUUAUUUCGAAAUUAAGUGAAUUUUUCUUGAAACUAUGAUUUAUAAGCUGUAAUGGUCUAGAUAGCAGCAGAGUCAAAUGAUAUACCAUGGUGUAAUCAGCUGUGUUGUCAAUUGUGAUAUAAUGCGACUAUUAUACUUUUGGCCUACAGUUUAGGGUAUUUUUUUGUGUAUACAGUUUGCUUUGUGUAGGUGGGUAGUUAGUAAAACAUACAUAAAUGGAACUUUUAAUUUCAUGUGUUCUGCGUCCACUUUGCCUGAAAGGACUGUUACUGUACAAAUGAUUAUAACAAUCUGAAGUAACGGCUACCUGAACGUAACAGCUACCCGAAAGUAAUGGCCCCUUUUGCCUGCUAAAUCUGAAAGUUAU